UCACUCUGCCAUCCUGUUCUACAAUUCACUCUUUGCUUCUCUACGAACUCACCCGCGGCGAGGAUCGCAAAGUGGACAAACGAAAGCUCAGCUGGAACAGCGCAGCGACGAGCGUAGGAGGACCACCACAGCAUCAUUGGAGGAUGGCAUAGCUUGGACCUUACAGCAAGGGGAAUACAGAAAGUCGGACAGAUCCAGUACGGACCAUUACACCUCGAAGACAAGACCGCAGUCCACCACCUCCUCUCCUACCGCAAUCCUCGAACCAUACCACACUCCAAGCCACGACCAUCUCCAACCACACAAAUCGCUAGAAUCAUGUCCUCCUACCUCUCCAACCUCCUAACCCACACAACCUCCCGCUACGCCUCCCUCCGCCGCACCCUCCUCUCCACCGAAGACGACGGCGACACCCCCGACGACACCCACAUCUGCCGCGUCCUCCGAGCCUACUACACCGAAAAGAACCGCGCAUUCCCCGACUGGCUGCCUCCCGACCCCAACAAAAAAGUCGCCGCACAACAACAACAACAACCCGCAGGAGGAUACGGCAAUAUGACCCAGUCCUCAACUUGGGGUCGCGGACAAGUCGGAGCCCUGAGAGGAGAGGGAAGAGAACCAGUUCAAAGAGCCAGUCUCAGCGAUCUCUGGGACGCACCAGCUGGAGGGACGACGGCGCCACAAAGUUUACGAGCAGCGAGGAGACCGAUGCAGAAUCCCGCUGCCAACGCCUCGGUGGGUGGACUCGCUCCGCCUCCGGUUCAAGGACGUCCGCUCCCGAGUCAGAGGGCGGGGAGUUAUCAGAGUGUGGCGAGUCAGAGCAGUAUUAAUUUGGGCGGGACGGCGCAGGAGAGGUUGAAGGCGAGGUUGUGGGGGGCGGCGAGGACGGCUGGGGCGGGUGGUGGUGGUGGGACGGGGGGUGGAGGGAAUGAGCAGGAUGAUGGUGGGAGGAGGUAUGGACGAUGA